UAAACUUUUAUGUGUUGAAUGUGCCACAAGAAAUUCAUGUACUGUAAGUGUAAAAGAGAGUCCACGUGGUUCAGGUCACAGACAGACUGUUCUUCAUAGACAGAAAGCUGCCUGAAAGACGGCCGACCAGAAAACCACUGUAGAAACCUGGAUCUGCGGAUUGUACAGUGGGGGUGGGAAUCUCAGGAUGACUCACGAUAUUAUAUGAUGAGCAAUACAUGGUCCACCAUAAGAUUAAUAUUAUGUUACAGCAAUUCUGUGAUUGCAAGAUGAUCAUAGAAUAAUACAUAAUGAAAUCUGUCUAACUGAAGUAGAAUACAAAAUGCCACUAAGGAGGUAAAGUCCAGGGUUUAUGUAUUUAUUUACUGUAAUUUGGUGUUAGUUUCACAGUUUGCCACAAACAAAAAGUGCAUUUAGUUUUAUCUUGGUGUUUCUUUAGUCUUUAACUAACAGGCUAACUUGUCAAUGUUCACAUCGUAUCUGAUGAGUCAGGAGAAAGAUUAUAGACAUAUAUUGUCUCAGUCCUUUAGAAGCUGCAUUCAGUGUUGCCCUUAUUCAUAAAGUUAUUGCUAAAAUUCGUGUCAAGUUUUUAGGUGGAGCCAUAAUCGAAUGCAAAAUGAUCAAUCCAUCACUUCUAUGUAAAUGCAUGCUCCUGUUUAUACCAUGACUGGAAAACAAACAUUUAAACUUCAAAAUUGAGUGCAAAAGAAAAUUUCUAAAAUGCCUUAAAGACUACCUGGGAACAUUUAAGUUGUUUUAUAAUUUACUUCAGAUUCUUCAAAAAAUUAAAGUGUAUUUCUUAUUAUGUAGCUUAAGCGUCGUUUAUUCCUUCGUCAGUUGAGCAUCUGUGUAAUGGGUACAUUUUAUUUUGAAACUUUUGAACCGGAAGUGGUGUAUUUUUCUCUUAAGUGUAACCAUCUGCGCGUGGUCGAUAUUGAAGGAGAAGCCGGGGAGAGCUGCAGUGAACAGGCCCUCUCCUGGCUUACAUCCCUCCACACACUCCUUCACCUCAGGGCGUUCAGUGUCGCUCCACCUCCUCCUGAGGCCUGCAGAGAGUGCUAGCUGAUAUCUAACACACCCUGCAGCCAUUAUUCCAGUGUGAAAUUCACACACACACAAAUCUACUACUCCAAGCAAACAUACAAAAAGGCCCUUCCUCUUUAAAUACACUCCCCAGUAGAAUCAUGCUGAGCCAGGAGAUCUUCCAGAGGCUGAGGUUGCCAGAUCUGGAUGAUGUUCGUCAGUACGUCAGAAGCGUCUCUACCCCCGUGCUUGUUAGUGUGGGGGCAGUUGCUGCUGCGACCGCAUACUACCUGGCAACACGCCCCAAGGCACUCCCAUCAGUCUGUGACCUCCACAUGCAGUCAGUUGAGGUUCCGGGCGGAGAUUUUGCACGCAUAUCACCUCUUCUGAACGGAGCUGCUCACUUGUCUCAUGUGUACGAUGACGGCAGGACAAUGUAUGAGUUCUUCCUCAGAGGAGCCCGAGUCUCCAAUAAUGGUGCCUGUCUGGGCUCCAGGAAACCAAAACAGCCCUAUGAAUGGAUGUCAUAUGGAGAGGUCAAGGAGCGAGCAGAGAAUCUGGGUUCUGCAUUUGUUCUCAAAGGACACUCCAAGACCACCGACCCCCACAUCGGCAUCUUCUCUCAGAACAGACCUGAGUGGACCAUCACUGAGCUGGCAUGUUACACAUAUUCACUGGUGUCAGUCCCUCUGUACGACACCCUGGGAAGAGAGGCCAUUGCCUACAUUAUGGACAAAGCGUCCAUCUACACUAUUGUGUGUGACGUGGUAGAGAAAGUCAACCUGGUACUUGACUGUGCCAAGAACAGGAAACACACUGUGAAAACCAUCGUUCUAAUGGAGACACCAAGUCCCGACCUGGUCAGCAGGGGGCGACAGGCUGGAAUCCACAUUCUCAGUCUGCAAGAGAUGGAGGCUAUUGGGAAAGCCAACCAUCACCAACCAGUGCCUCCGCAGCCUGACGACAUGGCAGUCAUCUGCUUUACCAGCGGAACAACAGGAGAUCCAAAGGGAGCUAUGUUGACACACAGGAAUAUUGUGUCCAACUGCUCAUCCUUCAUCAAAUUGACAGAGAGUUGGUAUCCUUUUAGUACCAGUGAUGUCCACAUAUCCUUCCUGCCGUUGGCUCAUAUGUUUGAGAGAGUAGCACAGGGAGUGAUGUUAGUCCAUGGAGCAAGGAUCGGCUUUUUCCAGGGAGACAUUCGUCGGCUGACAGACGAUCUGAACACACUGAAACCGACUGUGUUCCCUGCGGUGCCCCGAGUCCUCAACAGAAUGUAUGAUAAGAUCUUUGGCCAGGCUAACACCUCUUUGGAGCGCUGGCUGCUGGGGUUUGCCUACAGGAGAAAAGAGGCAGAGCUGAAGAAAGGCAUCGUGAGGAGAGACAGUAUCUGGGAUCGACUAAUCUUCAGGAAGGUCCAGGACAGCCUCGGUGGUCGCGUCCGUCUCAUGUUCACAGGAGCCGCUCCCAUCUCUCCUGUUGUUCUCACUUUCCUCAGAGCUGCAAUAGGCUGUCAGUUCUAUGAAGGCUAUGGACAAACCGAGUGCACUGCUGGGUGCACAAUGAACAUCCCAGGAGACUGGAGCGCAGGCCAUGUUGGAGCUCCUCUGCCCUGUAACUCAAUCAAACUGGUGGAUGUGCCCGAGAUGAACUAUCUGGCUGUAAACGGAGAGGGAGAGGUGUGUGUGAAGGGUACAAACGUGUUCCUGGGCUAUCUGAAGGACCCAGUGAAGACAGCAGAGACUAUUGAUGCAGAUGGAUGGGUUCACACAGGAGACGUUGGAAAAUGGCUUCCAAAUGGUACACUGAAGAUUGUGGACAGGAAGAAGCACAUCUUCAAGCUGGCACAGGGAGAGUACAUUGCUCCUGAAAAGAUCGAGACUAUCUACCUGAGGAGUGAUGCAGUGGCACAGGUCUUUGUGCAUGGAGACAGCCUGCAGGCAUGUCUGGUAGCAGUGGUGGUCCCUGACCCUGACUUCCUAUCUGGCUGGACCAAGAAGACUCUGGGCCUGGAGGGCAACUACCAGGAUCUAUGUGGCAGAGCGGAUGUGAAAGCAGCCAUCUUGGAGGACAUGGUGCGACUGGGAAAGGAAGGAGGCCUCAAGUCCUUUGAGCAGGUGAGGGCCACCUACACCCACACCGAGCUGUUCUCAAUCGAGAACGGCCUUCUCACUCCGACGAUGAAGGCCAAGAGGAACGAACUGCAGCAACACUUCAGACCCCAGAUAGAAGAGCUGUACGCUGGGAUCACAAUGUAGAAGGAGAGGGGAGACCACUGACACAAGAGCUCCUCCAAACAUGUUUUCAGAUGGACAGCAAAGAAAGAAGGGGGGUCGGAGAAGGACAAGGAGGAGGAAAAGCUGACGCACACAAGGAAGUAAAGGAAGAGCGUCAUCCACCUGCUCAGUCCUCAGUAACAAGAGAAACAACAGGAAGAGGAUGUCAUGUAGCUUUUAAUGAAACUUGAUUCAGAGCAUUCUGAACAAAAACGCACAAAACCUUUGAGGAACAGAGUAGAUUUUAUCUUUAAAAUAAAUGCGGCCACUGAUUGAACGGUUUUGCCGAAGUUAUGAUCAGUUCUCGUCUCCAAUGAUGCAUUUUAAAGGGAAACAGUUCUUCACUGUGGCAUCAGAUAUCUCAGGAAUUCUGUGGAAUGAACCACACACAGCACCUCACACACACACACAGACAGACACACACACACACGCACACACACACACUUUCUAACUUAAAGGAUGAAGAGGGAACACUUCACUGAGGGUCAGAGUGAUGACUUAUGUCACACAAACACCCUGACACAUCACAACAUGAACAUUUCAGGGUUUUUGACAGUUAUUGUCAGAUUGUAUUUCACUAUGUAAGUUUGUUCAAUUGGAGUUGAAAUCCACAUUGGAUGCUUGGAUUGUUUCUGUUGUGUUCUUUAGUAUGAGCCAUAUUGAAACUGCACAAACAAACUUAGCUGUUCACAGGGACAGACACACUCAGGGCGAUUUUUCUAAUUUAUCUAUGUUUAUAACAGGAACAGAGGAGAUGUGUGGAGUCAGGAGUGUCAUAGAAAAGAACAAAACUGAAAGAGAAUAGGGAAAUAAAUAUUAGGAAUAAUUAAAAGAAGAAGUAAAUAAAAUGUUGAAACAAAGAGAAAUGAUACAAGAAUUAAAUGAACAAAUAAUUAUAAGCAUUUUCACAUUUAUAUUUUAAUUAAUAUAUUUUGAAAAAAACAUUGCUUUAUUUUUGCAUAUAAAUUACACUUUCUGUAUAUAUUUUUUAAGUUUUUAUUUAUUUGUAUCCCUUUUUUACCUUAAUGCAAAAACAAUGGGGAAUAGAACAAGGAAAAGUAAAGGGAUAAAAGGACAUUAUAUAAAGUUGGUUCAAUAAAUGAGUAAUCAAUAUAUAUAUUUUUAGAAUUAAAUGAUUAAAAUUGGAAGGAAAUAAAAUAUUUUUAAUAUUUAGUUGUAAUUCACAUUCUGCAUUUAUUUAUUAUUUUAUAUAUUUUCCCGUUAAACUUCUUAUUUCACAGAUUUCUUUUUUCAUGGCACUGACUCCAUUUUCUAGAGUUGUUACAUGUAUCUUAUGUUACGUUGAAAAGACACAUUUUCUUAAUUUUACUUGCAAUCUCAGUGUAAUGAUCUUGAAAGUUUAUGAUGAAUUUAAUGGAAGUACUUUUAACAGUGUCUCACUAAAACAGUUUUUACGAUCAUCUUGGAUUUGUUUUGCAAAACUUGAAUAAAAAAUAAUUGAAACAG